GGCGAUAGUCCGGUAUGAACGCUGUAGAUGAAAAGGCUCUGCAGCGAUGACACGCAAAAUGAACAUUAAGCUCCCAACCCUCGGCCGGGGUGGAUACCCUUAGGUGGCUCAUUACAAUUCUAUGUGGUUCAGAGAAGCGAAAACGCCUGCCUGCCCUGGUAACCGCCCACAGUCCCACCGAAUCAGACGCAGGCCAGGGAUGUCAGAACCAGCAUUGCUCGCCGGCCAGAUUCAGAGCUGCACUAGCUCCCCACGGGCGGACCCGGGUCGCGCAUCCUCCACGAUCGGGAAGUGCCACCGGCUCUAGACCCCUCUAACCGGCUGGGGCCUUUCUCGCUGGUUCACCAGCCGACGCCCCAGGGCGGACGCUCCUCUGGCGCCAGGGGGCGCGCGGCUGCUCAGGGGACCUUCUGGCCUGCGACGGCGGCUCGACUGCUCCGAGGCGGGCCUGGUGAACCCCGGCGUUUCCCCGCAACGUGCGGGUAUCGCUUAAGCUAGGGCCAUGGAGGUGCCGCUGGGCUCCGGGCCCCGGCAGGGUGGCGGAGGACGAGGCGCGACUAGGUCCACGUCCUCCGGCCGUACCACGCGGGCCUCGGCGAUACCCUGGGCGCGCUUCUCGGCCUGGCUGGAGUGCGUGUGCGUGGUCACCUUCGAUCUGGAGCUGGGCCAGGCGCUGGAGCUAGUCUACCCACGUGACUUCCAGCUCACAGACAAGGAGAAAAGCAGCAUCUGCUACCUGUCCUUCCCAGACUCCCACUCAGGAUGUCUUGGAGACACUCAGUUCAGUUUCCGUAUGCGUCAGUGUGGAGGACAGAGGAGCCUCUGGCAUGGUGAUGACAGGCCCUAUAACAAUAAGGCCCCCUUGGCACUGCAGAGAGAGCCGGCGCACUACCUGGGCUACGUGUACUUCAGACAGGUGAAGGACAGCUCAAUGAGGAGGGGCUACUUCCAGAAGUCUUUAGUGCUGGUGUCCCGUCUGCCAUUUGUCCGGCUGUUCCAGUCACUCCUAAGCCUGAUUGCCCCUGAGUACUUUGAGAAGCUGGCACCCUGCCUGGAAGCAGUGUGUAAUGAGAUUGACCAAUGGCCAGCCCCCGUGCCGGGGCAGACCCUGAACCUACCUAUCAUGGGAGUCGUCAUUCAGGUGCGCAUUCCGUCCAGAGUGGACAAGCUGGAAUCCAAUCCUCCAAAGCAGUGUGACCAAGAGAACCUGCUGCCAGCCCCUGUCGUCCUCACUAGUGUCCAUGAACUGGAUCUGUUUAGGUGCUUCCGGCCAGUACUAACCCAUGUGCAGACGCUGUGGGAGCUCAUGCUCCUUGGGGAGCCGCUAGUCGUCCUGGCCCCCUCGCCUGACGUGUCUUCAGAGCUGGUGCUAGCCCUGACCAGCUGCCUGCAGCCCCUGAAGUUCUGCUGUGACUUCCGCCCCUACUUCACCAUUCACGACAGCGAGUUCAAGGAGCUCACGACUCGAACACAGGCUCCACCAAACGUGGUCCUGGGAGUCACAAACCCUUUCUUUAUCAAAACACUCCAGCACUGGCCUCAUGUCCUCCGAAUUGGGGAGCCCAAGAUGUCAGGGGACCUUCCUAAGCAGGUCAAGCUUAAAAAACCCUCACGGCUGAAGACCCUCGACACCAAACCAGGCCUCUACACCUCCUAUACUGCCCACCUCCACCGGGACAGAGCGCUACUUAAAAGACUGCUCAAGGGGGUACAGAAGAAGCGGCCGUGGGAUACACAAAGUGCCCUGCUGAGGCGGCACUUCCUAGAACUCACACAGAGUUUCAUCAUCCCUCUGGAGCACUACAUGGCCAGCCUCAUGCCUCUGCAGAAGAGCAUCACACCCUGGAAGAGCCCCCCCCAGAUCUGCCCCUUCCGCCAGGAUGAUUUCCUGCGUAGCCUGGAGCAUGCGGGACCCCAGCUCACCUGCAUCCUCAAGGGUGACUGGCUGGGCCUCUACAGGCGUUUCUUCAAGUCCCCCAAUUUUGAUGGCUGGUAUCGGCAACGACAUAAAGAGAUGGCCCAGAAGCUGGAGGCUCUGCACCUGGAAGCUAUUUCAGAAUAUCGAGGCCUGGAUGAAGGACAAGUCGGAGGUGGAAGUGGUGGACCUAGUCCUGAAACUUCGGGAAAAACUGGUGCGGGCACAGGGCCACCAGCUCCCUGUGAAGGAGGUGACACUACACCAGGCCCAGCUGUACAUCGAUACAGUUAUUGGCUCCCUGCCCAAGGAUCUCCAAGCAGUCCUGUGCCCUCCCUAGGACAGGGCCGACUUGUGUGGUCCUGGGGGCCUAAGUCUGCCAAGCUCUCUCUCCACCAGCCUUGGGCUCCUACCUCGGCCUCAGUCCCCUCCCAGAACCACCUCUGUCCCAGCAGUAAACAUGACAUUUGGGAUGACAGUCUGGUCCCUGACUGCUGGGGGACUCUGGGCUGGCACUGUCUUGCCCCUUCCUGGGCCCCACCUGCCCUUCACAGCUGGAGGUGGGCGUGGGCUAGUAGCCCUUGCUGAUGUAGGUGCCUUCACCACCUGCCCCCUCCUGGCUCCCAUCUGCCCACACUUCAGGAUGCCUUGUGUGGUGGGUCCUUUAGCCCAGCAGGCUUCCCAGCUCAGAAUGGAGGGAGGCAGCUGCCAGGGCCAGCCCCUCUCCUUUACACUCCUGGGGAGUGAUAGGUACUGUGCCCAGGCAGCUACUUGAGAAGGCAGAAACUCUUGUCCUGUGAGGACCUAAAUCCCCGUCCUGCUGUGAUUGGUCAGGAUGAGGGACUGAGCGACCCUUAUGGGACCUGGCACCGCUGUUCUUUGAGGUUCUCACCAUGGUCCUUGUCCCCUUUCUUGGAACACCCCCUGGACACCUGCUCCAUGAGUUUCACCCAGGCCACCAAGGGAGACUCCAGCUUUCCCCUCAUGUCUGCCCUCCCCCUGAAGCUUGAAAGGCUUUGGGCUGUAGCCUAAUGUUACAUUCUCUGCUGUCUUGUCUUUGGUCUCUUAGGCCAGGGUGUCUCUUGGAGGUACUGUUCUGUGUGUGCUCUUCCUAGGAAAGGGCUAACCUGUGAUCCCAGGGCCUAAGUCUGCCAAGUCUCCCUUCAAGGCUCUAUCCUGGCUUCAGGCCUUCUUCCAGAAUCACGUUAUCUGAGCAGUAAAAAUGGCAUUUGGAACCACAACCUGGUCCCUGAAUGUUGGAGAAAUCUUUGCUGACCCCGUCUUCCCCCUUCCUGGAUUGGAUACUGUUGUGCAGUGACCCCCCAAGCCGGGGUACAGUGUUCCAACCCAGCACAGUAUUGGGGCCCUUGGGAAGGUGCAAACUAAAGUGUGGACCAGAGCUGAUGCCCAACGUUGGCUGAGUAUCAGAAACCUGUAGGUAGGUCUCCUGACCACUCAGACUCCAAAUCUGAGUGACCAGGACAUGUAGGUGGCUCACUGGGCAGUGUUGGGCAGUAGCAGGGAAAGGGGGGCAUUCAGGAAGAAUGAGCUGUACACCCUGUUUAAGGGGCGUUAGUAAAGUAAGCUUUUGCUUUCUUCUAGAGCUCCCAUGUAGCAUGACUGUAACCCAUUCUGGGUUCUUUAGACUUCUUCGACCAAACCAAGUAUAUACAGCCUUGCCCUUCCCCACUAAUCCUGGCUAAGUUCAGACAACAAAGGCCGUCCAUUGUAAACAGGUGCCAGCCCUGUUUCUAGAUGGUUGUAUAUAUUCUCUUGUUUACCCCCUGACCUCAGCCUGUGACAACUUGUCACAUUGUAUCCAUUUUACAGGAAACAGACAAGAUAGAUGUGAUGAAGGUGUACAGUGAGCUAGAUCAGUCUAAUCAGCUUCCAGUUAGAAAACUGAGCAGAGGCAGGUGGAGGCGGAGACCUUGGCAUUAGGAAGAAUGGCCCUGGCACCCCCUGGAACAGAGAGGUGCCAGCCUCACCACCAAGAGCCUGGUCUCUAAGGGAUCUUUAGAAAUAUGGCAUCUUCUACUGUGACAGAUGGAGCUCCUGGGCUAUGGGGACAGCAGUGCUAGCCAUUUGGAGUCUGUGAAACUGUGCCUUUGGGGUGCCCAGCCUCCUAUCCAAGUAUACAGUGGCCAGGAUUGAAGUCCCCAGGUCUUAGUGGUCCCACCCUAAAGAGCACAUCUCAAAUGCCACUGCAAUGUGUUUCUCAUGUUUUUACUCUCUGAGGGCUGUCAUACAGUAGCUUCAGAGUGGCCCCGUGAACCUCAGCCACCACCCACCUAGGACUGACCUAGCAACUCAGAACACUGGACACGAGACCCAGGAAACAGAUUUGGGGGUUGGGGGGAUGAUGUGGAUACAACAGUACCCUAGGGAAGGCAUAGACCCAAAGCUGGCACAUACAGGAACGAGGAAAGCUCCAGUCUCUUUUAGGGGUUUGUCCCGAUGACUGGAUAGCGUUUACAGCCUGGGGGCUCCUACCAGCUACAUCCUCUUCUGCCCUUGCUCUCCCAGCUUGGGAUCAACUCUGAGUUAGCGGGGUUUCUGUACAGAGUGGGCUGAAUCCUUCCAGUCCAUGCCAAGGACGAGGGCCUGGAGGGAAGAAGACAGAUGGGCUUCAAGGAAUUGCUCCCCUCCCCCCAAGCCCAAGGUCCCUCAUGGUUAAGAUGCCUGGAUGCCUGGAUAGUGAAAAGCUAAUCCAAGAGGUUGUGGUCCCCAGGGCUCCCUUGUGUGGCAAGUUGGAGAGAGCUGUGAGCUAGCAUUCAGGGGAUCUAGAAGGGCUGGGUGGAGGUCAUGAGGCAGCCAGCCCCAGGGACAGACCGGAAGGACAGGAGGGCUCUUUUACCCUCCAGCUUCCUGCCUUCUAUUUUGAGCCCUACUCAGUUUGGAAUACUGGUCUUCCCACAACUUUGGUAUUAAAAUAUCCUUUUGUGAUACAA